AUGAGCAAUACCAACGCAAAAUUCUUCAAGACCCUAAACAAUGGAAGAACCAUGCCAUUGUUAGGCAUUGGUACAUGGCUUUCCAAACCUGGAGAGAUUGAACAUUCCAUUCGGAUUGCUCUCGAAAAUGGUUAUCGUCAUAUUGAUUCGGCAGCCAUUUAUCGCAACGAGAAGGAAAUUGGUCAAGUGCUCACUGCUCUCAUUCAUGAAGAAAAGAAAGUGAAAAGAGAAGAAUUGUUUGUGACAUCCAAAUUGUGGAAUACUUUUCAUGCUAAAGAACAUGUGAGAAACGCGUGUCUUCAAACCCUUCAAAAUCUGAAUUUGGACUAUCUUGACAUGUAUCUCAUUCAUUGGCCAUUGGCAUUUGCUUAUGCAGGAGACGAUCUUCAUAAGGAAGGAGUUCCUUUACCACGGGAUGAACAAGGAAUGAUUAGAAUGCAACCUGUUUCAUUGAGAGAAACAUGGGAAGAGAUGGAAAAACUUGUUCAAGAGGGAUUGGUGAAGUCCAUUGGAGUUUCUAAUUUUGAUCUUGGACUUAUUUAUGAGAUCUUGUCUUUUGCCAAGAUAAAACCAGCAUGCAAUCAAGUGGAAUGUCAUCCUUUCCUAGCACAAAAUCAUUUAUUGAAAGGCUUAAAAGACAUUGCUCUUGUAGCCUAUAGUCCAUUAGGACACAUGCAUGAAGGUUCUCCAGUCCAUCAUUCCAAAAUUAUCGAAAUUGCAGAGAAACAUCUCAAAACUCCUGCACAAAUUUUACUUCGUUGGAAUAUUCAGAGAGGAUGUGUGGUCAUUCCAAAAUCCAUUCGUGAACAACGAAUUAUUGAGAAUGGUCAAGUGUUUGAUUUUGAAUUGGACAAUGAUGAGAUGGAAGCUAUUAACGCGUUGCAAAAUGAAAAAACUAUGCGCACGUGUGAUCCAUUCCAUUUGUUCGGAGUUCCAUUGUUUGGAAAUUAA